AUGGAGACUCAACGUGAACGCUCCGGGGAGGAGGAAGAUCUCCUUGCCCGUAGCACUAAGAAAAUUAAAUCUGCCAAGGUCAAUUUUGUAGAGGAUUUCGAUCAUGUUAUGGAUGAAAACCAGGAUGAUUUUGGAUCUAUUCCCAGUGAUGCUUUUGAAUCGGAUGGAGGGGCUAAUGAUAACGGUGAUGGUGGUGAUAAAUGUAAUUCCAUGGCGAAUGCGAAUUUAGAUGCUGAGGUGCGUUCCCCUAGACAAACAGAGUCUACUGCCCCUUCUUUCAGAGAUAUGGUUCGAGGAGAUUCCCGGGCUAAAACUUUUGAUGAAGAAGAUAUCUUUGGUGUUUUGACUGAGAAUGAAGGGCUGAUUGAAGUCUCCACAGUUGAUUCGUGGCCUGCUCUCAGAACUUCCCCUAAGAUGAAGCAAUUCCUCCACUUUAAGUGGCGCAAUUGUUUGAUUGUUAAACUAUUAGGCAGAAACAUUGGUUAUAAGACGCUACAAACCAGAGUAACAAACAUGUGGAAGCCAAGAGGUCAUCUAGAGCUUAUUGACUUGGGGGAAGGAUUUUUUGUUGCUAAAUUUAGCUUGGAGGAGGAUUUACAGUUUGCCUUGGCCGAAGGUCCUUGGGUUAUUUUCGGUCACUAUCUUACUGUAAGGCGAUGGAGACCUGACUUUAGACCAUCGGAGGCUGUUAUCAACUCCACAGCAGCAUGGAUUCGGUUCCCUGAAUUACCAACUGAAUAUUUUGAUGAGCGUUUUUUGCUCGCUCUGGGAAACACAAUAGGGAGAGCAAUCAAGGUUGACAAAACUACUCAUUUUGCUUUUAGGGGCAAGUUUGCUCGAGUGUGUGUUGAGAUCGACCUAAAUAAGAAACUCGUGCCAAAUGUGAUGGUUGAUGAUCGAUGGACUCGGGUUGAGUAUGAGGGUCUCCCUCUUUUCUGUUUUCAUUGUGGCUAUAUUGAGCAUCGAGAUUGUAGUGAUUUUAAAGCCCAAAUAGUAGAGACUAAUAGUAAGGGGGAUGCUGAAACCCAUGCUAACGCCAUAGAGGUUAAUGGAGGAACUCAUAGUAAUCAAGUGGAGGAGCAGGGUGUGGGUGCUGUUGGGUCAAGGUUUGCUGCACUAGCCAAUAUACCAGAACAGGAUUCUGUGAUCCCAAUUACUAAGGAUGGUGAUGGCUUAGGCCUUGGGGCUACAACUCAUCAGAGCACACAUAUGGCAUGGAAAGUUCGUGGCACAUCAGGUGGUAAAUCUGGUCAUGUUCCAAAAAACAAAAACCAAGACAAGGAAAAUAUGAUGAGCAGGGAGACUCGGAUGGUGGAGGGUAUUGAUGGUUCGACUAUACAAGGGAAUAAGGCUAUUGAAUUGGGGCAUGAGGAGUCUAGUUCUUUUUCAACUCGACCCAUAAGGAACUGGGAGACGAGUACUGAGGUGGUAGAUGUAGAUGCUUUGGAUUGUGGUGACAUGAUCAUUGAUGGCCAAAUGCGGUUGGGGAACUCUAUGGUGGAUGGUACAAAAAAUGCUUUUAAGCAUCCAUCUUCCAUGAAGUCUUCCGAUUAUAGGAACCGUGACCCACCGAAUUCAGAUAAUCUUUCCUUUGUUCCGGAAACUCAACACUUGGAUGGUGAUUUUCGUAUUGCUGACCCAAUAGGCUUUUCGGGUGGCUUAUGGAUUUGUUGGGAAGCGCAACAUGUUAGUCUAGAGAUUUUGUACACCUCAACUCAAGUCAUACAUGCUAUUGUUAGGGUGCCUGGUGAAACGGAAUGGCUUCUUUCGGCAGUAUAUGCAAGCCCACUACUUACAGUUCGCAAGAAGUUAUGGGACCAAAUGGAGGAGUUUGCUUUGGUUGUUAGGCUCCCAUGGAUGAUGCUGGGUGAUUUUAAUGAUAUCAGUAAUAGUUCAGAAAAGUUUGGAGGGGCGACUACUUCUAUUGAUAGGUGCUUGCGAUUCAAUACCAUGGUGACAAAUUGUGGUCUUUUGGAUCUUGGAUUCCAGGGUCCUACUUAUACUUGGACCAAUCGAAGACAAGGUCGCCAUCGCAUACAUGAACGAUUGGAUAGAGCUUUGUCUAAUGUGGAAUGGCGCCUUCGAUUUCCUGAAGCAAUUGUUAAACAUCUACCGCGGUUUUAUUCUGAUCAUUGUCCAAUCCUUGUUCAAUAUACAGGGAUUGACUUGGUGAAACUUAACGUAGGGUGCCCGACCCUAGCUACUGAGCAGUUUCAGCCUCUAGAUGCUCCCAUUACCUUGGAGGAGUUAGUACGAGAUGCUUUUGACAAUGGCUGCUUUCCCGAAGAACUAAAUGAAACUUUGCUGGUAUUUAUUCCGAAAGUCCAACAUCCGGAGUAUCUCAAGCAGUUUCGCCCCAUUAGUUUAUGUUGUGUUGCGUACAAAGUUAUCACAAAAGUCCUUGUUAAUAGGAUUCGGCCUCAUUUAGGGGAUCUCAUUGCACCUACCCAAGUGAGUUUUAUCCCAGGUAGGCAAGCAGCGGACAAUAUUCUUCUUGCUCAAGAGCUAAUUUACACUAUCCGGCGUUGUAGUAGUAAGAAUGGACUAAUGGCUGUGAAAAUUGAUCUUGCAAAAGCAUAUGAUAGGGUCAAUUGGUCUUUUCUACGUGAUACACUUCGAGAGUUUGGUUUUUCUGAUAAAUGGAUUCGUCUUAUCAUGUUCUGUGUGGAGAGCUCGAAGAUGGCUGUUUUAUGGAAUGGUGAAAAAUUGGAUUCUUUCCUACCACAGCGUGGAUUGAGACAAGGUGAUCCACCCUCACCAUAUCUCUUUGUUCUUUGUAUGGAACGACUAGGUCAUUUGAUUGAUCGUGAAGUCAGGACUGGUGCAUGGAAACCUAUUAAAGCCGGUAGGAAUUGCCCGGGAAUUUCCUAUUUAUUUUUCGUUGAUGAUCUUUUCUUAUUCAGUCGGGCUGAUCCCUCUCAGGCUACGGUGAUUAAACAUGUUCUUGAUGAGUUUUGCAUGGCUUCGGGGGCGAAAAUUAGCCUGGAAAAAUCAAAGUUAUUUGUCUCCCCAAAAGCUCGUGGAAGUGGGAGAGACAUGAGCUCUCUAUUGGGGAUCACGGGGUCGGAUAAUCUAGGAAAAUACUUGGGUGUUCCACUCAUUCAUGGAAGAGUUACAAAGGCUACUUUUAAGGAGAUUAUUGAGAAAGUGCAAAGCAUGCUAUCUAGUUGGAAAUCGAGAUUCUUAAGUUUGGCUGGUCGUGCUACUCUUAUUAGUUCCGUUACUACUUCGAUUCCAGCUUAUAAUAUGAUGACUAUGGCAUUGCCUAAAAAUGUGACUCGAUCCUUGGACAGCCUCAAUAACAGGUUUUUAUGGGGUGGUAAUGAGCAGAAACGGGGUGUGCAUCUUGUGUCCUGGGAGGAUGUGUGUCGCCCAAAGAGAAUGGGGGGGCUUGGUUUGCGGCGCAUGGAACUUCAUAACAUUGCGCUGCUGCAAAAAACGGCUUGGAGGUUUAUCACCGAAGAAGACAGUCUUUGGGUUAAAUUCAUUAAAGCCAAAUAUCGUGUGAGGGAUGAUGUUUUUAAUUUUAUACGAAAUAGGCAGGGAACGUCGGCUUCUUGGUCUUAUACGUGGAAAGGAAUCAUGAAAGCUCUCACUUAUCUUGAACAUGGCUUGAAAUGGCGUAUUGGAAAUGGUUCUCUUGUUAGAUUUUGGACUGAUCCUUGGUUGCUAAAUGAACCUAUUUUGCAGGUGAUUGAUUCUUACUCACAGGUAAAUGAUACAGAAGUUUUUGUUCGGGACUAUCGGCAUACCGAAGGAGGAUGGGAUUCAGAUAAAUUGUUCCAAGAGCUUCCAUUGGAUUUAGCUCUAAAGAUACUUGGCUAUCCAAUACCACGAUUGUUGGAGGUGAAAGAUAGGAGAAUAUGGAAGUAUACUGCAAAUGGGGUCUUUAAUACUCAAUCGGCAUAUCUUGCCUCAAUUGAUGAGGAGGUUGAUGAUGCGCAUAGUGGAUGGAAAUGGUUUUGGCGACUUCCGGCUCUGGCUCGAUGGUUACAUUUUCUAUGGCUAGUUCGUCGGGGUCGCUUGCUCACAAACAGCUUGCGGGCUUCUUGGGGCUUGGGUGAUGCUCUUUGCCGAUUGUGUGGGGUAACAGAAAAAUCAAUCAUGCAUACCUUACGGGAUUGCACACAUGCUUAUAAGGUAUGGGUUGCAUUAGGGAAAAUGCCCGAUAAUGAAUCAUUUUUUGAAUGGGUAGAUGCGAAUUUACUUUUUACAGAGUUACACGGUGAUGUGGAAUGGAGAGUGAUAUUCAUAGUAACUUUAUGGAGACUUUGGACUAGACGAUGUGAUUUUGUCAUGAAGAAUGGUGAAAUAGGUUUGGAAGAAGGUGCUCUUGUGGCUCUUAUUUUACAUUCGGCUGGUGAGGUUAUGCAGAACCUUGUAAGGGAAACCCGGCUAAGGGAAACUUUUGAAACCUGUGGAUCUCUCGGUGCGAUGGUUUCCUCCUGA